AAUGUUGGGAAAAAGCGAAAAAGACGCUCAACUAGCGGCGUCAUUCGUUAUUUUAUAUCAAGUUCUUCCAAAUUUACAAAAAACCGAUAUCUUUAACUUUGAUGGCUUAAACGAAAAUCUUCAACAGGCUUCCUUCUCCGAAAUCUAUGAUAAUAACAAAAGAGAGGCGAUUGAUAAAGAUAAGAAUCUAAGAGAUAGCAAAAAUUUUCUAGAAUUGAACGCUAAGCUAGAGAGCUAUUGCGGAGAUGUUAUUCAAUCUCGCAGAGUGAGGAUAAUGCAAAAGCAUUAUGGUAUUGGUCAUAUGAAAUUAAGUGGGAUAAAAGAUUCUAAAAGCCAUUGGAUAUUGUCAAACAACGGCCAGUAUCUUAUAAAGGUUAUCAGUCAUUUAAAGUCUCCCCGUUCGUCGAACAGUGAUAAAACACCCCCUCGUAUUGACUUGAAAGAUAUUUCGCAAGUAAAUAACUUCAAAUCGGAAAGUUUCACCAUAAAGAUCCGAUCAGCAGAGGCGAAAUGUAGCUAUAUCGAACUUGUAAUGCACUUUAGAAAUGAUCAAAUAUGUAAGGCGUGGUUCUAUGGUUUAGAGAGUAUAAUAAGGAGAGAAAAUAUUAUCGUCGAUGACGAAGGAAGAGAAGAAUUGCACCAAUUAAUUCUUAAUGAAAUACAAGUGAGAUUAAUGACGCUUGAUUUAUAUAGUCUAGAGGCUCCCGAAUGUACUGCUAACGUGACACCCCCACCUCCAGAUCCCCUAUUCGAUUGA